AGUAUGCAACUAUCAUAUUGUAGUCACACAUAGUCACAUGAUUCUGUCACUUGAAUGGAAAGAAAGAUUUCAAAGAUUUGUAAAUAUAUAGAUUCAUUUACCAAAUAGUGUUUUAUUUUUCAAACAAUGUUACUUAAUUUCGCAUUGAUCUCUUUUUUUCUUGGAGCAGUUAAAGCCGAAGGAAAUUUUAUAAUUUUGCACAAUCCAAAAAGUGUACAAUUCAGCGGCAAUGAAGAAGUCGAUCAAAGCCUUUUAAAAGAAAUUUUUUCCGCAGCCCUCGGACUUACUGUAAAACAAAGAGGAAAUUGGAAUGGCAUGUCCAUCCAUAAUUUAUUAAAUUUGCCAGAAGCUGUCGUAGUCACGGCUGUUGAAGGAAAGGAUUCAUUAAAUUCAACAAGAGGAAUAAUAUUUCCUCUUAACGCAGACGAAAAUGAAGAAACUACAUGGCAAGCAUUAACUGGACGUUUAGGAAAAAAAGAUGAUAAUAAUACGCUAGUGAGAAUUUACCUUGGUGAUGGACUUGAUGCUCUUGGACAAUCUUCUCUUGGUGAAUUGAAACCAAUGCCUAUAGAUCCAUCAUCUCUGCAAUUCUUGAAUUUAGAAUGUGAAGAAGAUAAAAAGUUUCUCGAGGAAGUUCAACUUUUGCGUGAAAUAGCAAACAAAAUUACUUCUACCAUAACUACCAAGGAUUCAAAUCCAGACGUUUAUUGGUUUGUAGUAUCUGGUUUAAGUCGCGUAAUUGAAUUACAUGGAAAAGGUUCACCCUCUUCAAACGAAGCUCUCGCACUUUUAAAUGAUGCUCUUAAUGAUGUCAGCGAAUCAUUUGUAAAUGUGUACAACGGUAAAGUAUUAACUGCUACGUUUACCAAUGAUCAGAGUCAAGUUCGUCGUACCAGAUCGACAAUCGUAAAUCGAGAUAUUAGUGAAAAUGAUGCACAGAAGGUGACUGAUGAUAGAAAUCUUGCGAAAAAAUACAAUGAUAACUAUCCGGUUAUUUUCAACAUCAUUCUAUGGUUUGGCGUAACUUUCUUUUUCUCACUUCUAGCUAUAUGUAUUGCUAUUGCCAGUAUGGAUCCUGGACGUGAUUCUAUAAUAUACAGAAUGACAUCAAAUCGCAUGAAAAAGGAAAAUUAAAUUAAUUUUAUCGUAUUUUAUGUACAUAAAUAAAUGCUCGUGUCCUGUAAAAAAAUUAUUGUGAGUAGGUAAUCCAAUUAAUUUUUAUUAAUUAACAAUGUUCUACUUUUUUGUUCAUUUUUAUAUGCGCACAGCAAGUUGAAAAUUCAUUCACAUACAUAUAUGAAGAAAGAAUGUAAAAAAUUUUAACGUGUGCGCAAAUAAAGGCCAUUUUGCAGGUAGAAAUUUCGUAUUUGUAAUUUUACAGAUUUCUGUACAAUUACAAAUGAUAAAAAUGGUUUUCUAUAAAAAAGCCCCUUACAGUUUGGUUUUAAAACCAUAAUAUUCUAGUAAAGUUGUAGAAGAUGAAUUACUCUCAAUUAUAUUUAUUUUUCUUUCCGUAAUGAAGGCACUAUCAGAAAAUAAGGUAUUCAUAGAAUAAUGAACAUAAUACGAAGUUUUAUUAUAUUAUAUAAAUUUCCCUUAUAUAUACCAUAUAGUUAUAAGUAUGUAAUAUAAUGAGGCUUAUUAGAAUGCUCUACAUGUGUGAUAGAAUCAGGUAAAAUUAAUGAUGCCCAUGAAAUGUUUGUCGAGUUGGUGUUAUAUAAAACAAUAAACAAGUAGCUGGAAUUAUAAAUGUCAUUCAUUUUAUGAUUUUUAUAAAGUGGAGUUUUCAGUCGUUAGAAAAUGUAUAUGAACGAAUACGUCAGUGUAUUUAUUAAAAAAAUUUUAUUUAUUAUCAUACAUGUCUCCCUCCGUCAUUGUCCCAAUAUUAUGGUCUAGCUAAUUGAAAGACCCAUUUUUUCAAACAGUUCAUGUGUAGUUAAACUUUGACAUGAAAUUUAAAUAAAAUCGAAAUAAUAAUAUUGAUAAAAAUGUAUGUAUUAACUUGGUAUUUUAAUGAUGUUAUCUCUUUAUAUAAAAAAGCACUGGGAUUAUAUUUAAAGUAACCUUAUUGUUUAAUGCUGCAUAUUGAAUUUAAUACCUAUACCUACAUAAAAAUGUUAUAUUAUAAAAAAUAUUACCUGGUAAACUUGACACCGUAAUUGGAACUUUUCUUAUUUGCAAUAAUUUCAUGAUAACUAGUUAACCAUUCUAAACGAGUAAAGAAUAAUUAUUUUUAAUAAAUUUGUUUUCUCUUACUCUUUCAGUGAUGUGUCAUUAUGAAAGUUUAAUUUCUUUAACUAUUUAGAAAAUAAUAAAAUUCUUCUUACUUGUGCAAUUUAAAAAAAAUACAAAAUGUAUUCAUAUACAUAUAGAUAAUAAAGAAGAGAAGUGCAAUCAACUAAAACAAAUAUAAAGCUGUGCGUGAUGUUACUUAAAAAUUUUGAACUACCUGGUAAGAAGACUUAUGUUGAGAUAAAUUAAAAACUAAAGUUUUUUUUUACAAUUUUUAGGAAUAAAAAUAUUAAAAAACAAAGAUUCCAUUGUUCAAAAUGACGUGUGAAGAAAGAUGCGAAAACAAACAGCAGUUGAAUUAUAUAUACAUAACGCAAACACUUAAUGAAAUAGUGAUUAAAAAAAUAUUAUAA